AUGACUGUCAAUCAGGCUUCCUCACUAUCACUGCCAUGGAUAGCAGUGAUUGUUGCACUUCUUCUGCCCGCAUCAUCUGGCUUGAGUGUUUGCGAGAUGUGUAGACCUCGGGAACUGCGCAAUGCUCCCGGGGUGGGAAUCGAUCUCACCAUGGCAUAUAGAACUGCGGCGAUUCAUUUCAAGAACGGCACCACUCGGGAUCUAAUCAAGAUAGAUGGUACGCAGGAGUAUCGGUCAGCGAUGAGGAUGAUCGCGGACGAUGCGCAAAACGGAAACUCCACCAGCUGGGAAUGGUACCGCUUCAUCUCAGGGAAACUCCACCAGCUUAUAAACCCACCUGCAGUACCAAUCGCGGAGUUACCUGAUGACUGGGUCUAUGCUAUAGCUGCCAUGCUGUCCGAGAUAAAGUCUGCUGCCCUGGACACCCUGGUCCCUCCAUUAAAAUAUAACUACGUGCGUCUUACAUGGCCUGACUUUGAGGCUGAUACCGGUCACAUCUACAAGGGUCGCUUUGAACUUGCGUGUCGCGUAGCAGGUCUAGAAGGUAUCGGCCAGGGCAACAUCGCUUCAUACUACGCUUUGCAACAUGAAGGGACGUAUGAAUCGGAUCAGGCCGCCAUGCUUGUAAUCAGCUACAACGCCGCCAGUCUCGGGAUCACCCUCAACACCCUGGUUGAUGGAGAUGCAGACUGUCCAUGGCCUUUGCGGCUUGUUGAGGAUGGUGACCACGCAGCAGAACAUGCAUUACUCCAAAAAGACCCCGCAAAAUACUGGCAUGAAGUUCGAGACCUGCUGCGGACAGCGAUCGGGAAUGAGACUGUCGAUUGCCUUCUUCUUCUGGGCUCCCAUGCGCGCGAUCCUGGCUUGUUCCGGGCUGUCAGGGAUGUCUUGGAGGGUCAACCAGGCAUCAAUCUAUCUAUACUAGACCGUUAUAAUCCAGCUAUCCCCCAUGACAGUCAGGAUGAAGACGAGCCGCUGUUCACUGUAGCAAGAGAAGGGAGCAUCGUUGCUAGAUAUGGCAUGGAGACUGGUUUCUAUGUAUGCAUUGAGCUGCCUUCUUGUAUUGCAUCGGACGAGGAACAGGACGGGCAUUCUGAGUUGUAA